UCUUAACAUCACCGUGACAAUAUCGCAUCCGGGGAAGGCCGCAACCUCCCGUCACGCCACCGGCGAAACCAAGAGCACACCACCGCGCCUCCGAGCCAUCACCAUUCCGAAUCAUUUCUUGCUUGCCGCAGCACCACGCCGGAGCAGCACAGGCGAGUCAGCACCGGCGAGCAAGGGAGCGUGCGGGCGGCGGAGUGGCGCCGCGGAGAGCUGUCUGUGUGGAUUAAUUUGAUGGCGAUCCACCUGCUGGCGUUCGUGGCGGCCAAGGGCUUCCUGCAGGUCUUCCAGGUCUUGGCGCCGCUGCUGUGGCCGCUCAACCUCUUCCUGCCGCUCCUCCGCAACCUUCCCCAGGCCUACGUCGUCGUCUGCGGCGCGCUCGCCGCCCACGUCGCCUGGCUGCGGCGCGCGUACGCACGCCGCGGAUCCCCAAGCCGCGACGACGACGAGGCCCACCGCCAGUCGAUGGUCGACAUCGCGUAGUGAGAUGUUUCAGUUUCUUCUUUCGCUGCAUGUUUGAUCACUGUAUUUUGGUUGUAACAUUGAUCUGAAAUAUAAGUAAAUUCUGGUAUAACCGACGGAUUCAGUCGGGCUAUU